AUGGAGGAAAUGCCAUCGAACAUUCUUUCAAGGAAGAGAAAGCAAUUUCCAGCGUCAAUUUCUUCGGAGCCCUCCAUCUGCGCCGUCACCCGUAGCCAAUACCGUCGACGCCGGGAUUCCUCAGGCAUCUCUUCCCCGGUGAAAUUACAGAAAUCCCAGACGACUUACGAUUUUUCUCUGGAGAAAUCUAACAGUACACGCUCCUCGAAUUCGGAAAAUGGUGCUUCGUUGUACCUCUCUAUUAAAGAUCUUCGGGCCAGAGGUCGAAGAGUUUUCUCGCCUUCUGGUGGUAUCGAAGUGCAGAACGAGCUGGGAUUUGAUUUCGGAGAAGGGAUCUCAAAUGGGUCUUUGAAGAACAGCGCUGGUACAUUAGGGUUCAAGAAUACGGGUUCGGGUCCGGGUUCUAUUUUAUGGUCGAGCUUUCGCGUUUCUGAUGAGGAGGAGAACGAGAAAUGUGGAAAUGGAGGAAGAUUUGAUGUGGGUUCAAAGGAUUUGGAAAUGGGUUCUGGAAACCAAACGCCUAUGGAUGAGAAAGAUGCGGGUAUGAACAAGAUUAAUCGAGUUGAGAGUGGAAAGGACUGCUGUGAAAUUCAAAAGGAGGGGUCUACGCCUAGCACUAUGGUUCGAAAGCCCUGUUCAAGAGGAAAGGUUUACAAGUCUCCCAGCUUAUUCAGCUACAGAAGACUGCUACCUUUUCUGGCUGAUAUGGUGAAGGAAGAAUCCUGUACUAUAAGAAGUAAUGGGGUUGGUGAAGAUCCUCAAGAUGAGAACUCAAUUAAUGUGAAUUCUAUUUCCUCACCAGUUUCGAAUGAUUCCGAUUCGGCUGAGCACGAACAUAUUGGUGAAGAUUCUAGUGAAACAGGACCAUUGAUUAAUGGACUUGUUCAGAAAGAUGCGAUCCAACUUGAAGUUGUACUUCCACUUUUCGAUGAUCACGGCAAACAGUUACCUCAAACUGAAGAGGCAGUCAGCUUGACCGAUGUGCCUGGAAGAAGUGAUGAGAAUGGUAUAACUGAAGGUAAUGUACUCAUUGAAGAACAUAUACAGACAACACCACCUGAUUCCACCAUUUUGAGUGAACUUGGUCUUCGUGAUGAUGAGGCAAAUAUAGAAGUUAAUCUGAAGACUCAGAAUCCUGUGUUACCGUAUGCAUCCAAAGGAAGCGAUUCCACUUGCCAUGUUUCCGCUUCAGAAAAGGUCACUAGUCCUGCUAAAAGAGAGAACACCAUUUCAACCAGUAAAAUGUUUCUGAAUCUAUGUUCUCGAACCAAAAUAUAUAAAACGUCAAACUCUUUCAGCUAUAGAAGAUUGCUGCCCUAUCUGAUGGAUGUUGCAAAAGGUUCUGGACACAAUGAUACUUCUCCUAAAUUUUCGAAGGAUGUGGAGAGUAGUCAAAAUUCAGAAUCUUUUGCUUCAUCACAUAAUGAUGUGAAUUUAAAUGAGAUUAAAACCUUUGAGUUCCAAGAGAAACAGCAAGACAAAUGCCUGGAGGUAGACUCCCCAACUGGUACCAAUGUUCCUUCUGGUGGCAAUUGCCUUGAAGUAUCAGCUCAAUUAAUUAUUCCAAGCAACGAAACAUCUUUGGAGAAGCCAAAUUCUGCAUGCUCUGAAAAUUUAUCUGAAUCAGAUACGCUGAAUGGCUCAUUGAAGGAAAGGACAUCUUCAUUACAACAUGUUCAGUUGAAUCAGAUCAAUGAUUCUGCAGAGGAACUUCAGAAUGCUGAUAUCCAAGUCUGUGACCAUGAACGUAAUAAGGCAGUAGAGAAAUUAUGCUCUAGUGUUAACCACAAAACUUUGCCUGGAGAAUCCAAAUUAGAGGCCAAUCACCAGCCUUUAGACAGUGUAAAGAACUGCAGUUCUGAUGACCUAGUUAGUCAAGAAGUUCAAUUGACCAGCGAAAAAAGUGUCAGUCCGGAUCAAAGCCCGUUGAAGAAUGGAGAGUUCUACUUUCAUAGGAUUGGAACUCCAACAAAGGGAAUAUUGAAGAGAAAUCCAAGAGGAUGCAGAGGGCUAUGCAGUUGUCUGAACUGUUCUUCAUUUCGCUUGCAUGCGGAAAGAGCUUUUGAAUUUUCAAAAAAUCAAAUGCUUGAUGCUGAAGAAAUAGCUCUGACAUUGAUCAAUGAACUAGGUGAACUUCGUGAUAUGUUGGAGAGAUCUGCAGUUGUCGGAAGUGAUCAAACUAACAUCCAAGUCAACCAGGUUAAAAAAGGAUGUGAAAGAGCACUGGCAAUGGAACAGCAGGCAAAACAGCGCCUCAGCCAAAUGAAUCAGGACCUCAGCGCACAUUGCAGAACUAUACCAUUGGAACGACCAAGAGUGAAAUUCGCCAGAUAUACAGAACUGAAAUCAAUUCCAGAACGGAAGUCACAAGGAGCCCCUAAGGUCAUAAUUAGAGAUGAUAACAAGAAAUGA